AACUGGUAGCUGCCCCUCCAAGCAGCACCAUACCCUUGUCUCAAACACACGUACGAUAACGACUUGACGCUACCGAACCGUUAGAAUGUGUAUUGCAUUAAUAUCUACAGCCCAUCCGACUUAUUCGCUUAUUGUUAUCGACAACAGGGAUGAAUACCUCCGUCGACCAACCGCCCCGGCUGAUUGGUGGCCCGAAUCAAAUUCCAAUAUAUUAGGUGGCCGGGACCUAGCACGAGCUACACAAGGAACAUGGAUGGGAGUUACGAAGGAGGGAAAGAUUGCUGUUUUAACGAACUAUCGUGAAGAUACGUCCGAGAAGGCUACCGGCACACAAAGUCGCGGGGCUAUCGUCAACGGCUGGCUUACGGUCGCCCCUGAGCCUAAAGAGUCUACUCGGGACUUUGCGCAGAGGAUGGUAGCAAGUGCCACGGCGAGAAAUGUCGGGGGAUUUAGCCUGGUGUGCGGCUAUGUGGACGAGCCAUUGGCUGUGAUCUCCAACCGCUCGUCCAAUAUGGACCAAGUCACCUGGCUGGCGACAGAAGAGGGACAGACGGUGGGAUUAAGCAACACGCAUUUUGAUGAUCGCUCCUGGCCAAAGAUAAUCGAUGGCGAGAAGCUGAUGAUUGAAGUUAUCCAGGCACACGUGGAGGCUCGAGAGGAUGAAGAUCAACUCAUCGAUAGGUUACUUGGGUUAUUAAGCAAGGAUACGCUCCCUAACCUUUCCGAAGGCGCAACUGCGGAAGACUAUCUCCCGCACUUUAGGAAGAGUAUUUUCAUUCCCAAGCUUGGGACCAAAGAGCAACUCACGAGGCCAGCUGAUGGUGUAGCCACGGCUUGUGCUGAGGGAAAGGCGACUAGUGCUAAGCAGGGCGAUGAGCUGGACCAGUCAUACUUGCAUGGUGCGUACGGGACCCAGAAGCAGACCGUUAUCCUUGUUAGUAAAGAUGGACGGGUGAGGUAUUUUGAACGCACCCUUUAUGACAAUGAGGUGAACGCUAUUCCACUUGGCAACGGAGACCGAUCGUACGAGUUCCAAGUAACCCAAUAA